AUGUCUGAGUGGUUGGAGCUUAAACUCAGCAGCGAAUUUGCCAACAGUCGAAGGGAUGACGAUCAACUGUCAACGAAGUCUGUUCACUCGGUUAACUGUGAACCAGAAAAGGAAGCGAAGAGGAGGCAAAUGAAUGACAGUCAGGAGAGAUCACCAGUGUCUCACCGGCUACACUUUGUGUGGGCCACUCGACAGACGACGGACGUCUCGGAUCAGCGGAUGUUCAUGAAAACUGCUCUGCGAGAACUUUUACUACAUCUCGUCUUCAUUACGCUUUUACUACUCAUACAUCCAUCUCCAAGUAUUCGACGCACUCUACUGGGACACGUGGUAUAA